AUGGAAAAACCAUCUUCAAUCAACUCACGGCUGCAAUCCUCUCAAGGCGCUCAUUCAAGCCAGCUUGGAAGAACAGAGGAGGAUGGACCUUCAGGCGACAGAAAACGGCUGCUUCUUGCUCUAUCCCCACAAUCUGGUUUCGCGCUGAGUGAAAAAAAACUCUUCGGAAGUCCCAUCUCCUCGUUCUCCUCAAAGCCUCCUGUUUCCCCGCCAACUUUGUCGUCAACUCACCAGACCGUCAUUCUCGUCAGCCUCACAGCCAGCCUAGCCGGCUUCUGCUGUAGCCUGCUUCUGCUGCUUCUCGUCCGCUCCAUUUGCCAGCGACGCGACCAGCAUUUGCGCAACCUCCUUACUGGUAACCAGGCCGCAACCUUUGGCCCGAACAAGGCGGAUGGCAACAGAGGCCGUCUUGGGGCCUGCGAGAGCCGUGGCAGCCUCGAGGCCUGUGCAGAUGGGCUUGAUACAGCCUCCACCUGCGGAUGUAUGCGAGUUUCGGGGCUGGAGAGUGCCGGCUUCGAGGAUUACAACUGUCCAGCAGCCGAGUUGUCUGGUUUCCUCUGCUCCGUGGCCCCGGCCACGGACACUGCGUCAACUUGCCCACCGACCUCGGCGGACGUGGCGACGGCUAAAGAGUCCUCUUCGUCGGGCGAAGCUGGCGCCAGUGAUAUGGAUACAGACGACAACACUACAAAAAACAGCGAUAAGGCAGCAGGACAGACACACUACGAUACCACGUUCAGAGAGACCGAGCAAGGUCUCGAUGAUUACAGAAGUCGGAGGCAUUUGCUUGAACUCGACUCCACCUGUACGUCUUUUCAUUCAUUCACCUUUUUAUAUCGUCUUGUUAAAAAAUUCUGA